UUGGUGACUGACUUAAUACAUUAUACCGUAUUUGUAGCUAGAUACUCGGCGUUGAACCCUGUUUGUCCCCCCUGUGACCAGUGGAGAAUUUUCUUGGCUUAAAAUUGUGCUGCUGUAACAGGUACUCAGAAAGUAGGACUACCUAUAUCAAUCAUCUCUCAAAAGAAAAGAUGGCAGUAAUCAAGGACAGCUGCUGUGGAGAAGUGGACCAUAAUGUUGACCAUUACGGAUACAAAAAGGACUUCAGGACUGCGUUGCCUCAGUUUCUUGCGGUUAGCGUGAAGAAUUUUCUGCUAUUAGGUUAUGGAAUGACACUCGGUUUCCCCACGAUUCUGAUUCCGGCUGUAAAGUCUCCAAAAGAUGGUGAAAUAUUACAUUUAGAAAACUCCGAGAUAUCAUGGAUAAGUUCUAUAAAUUUAAUAGUAGUGCCGGUGGGUUGUGCCUUGUCUGGUGCGGUGACGUCACCAAUGGGCCGCCGCAGAGCCAUGCAGAUGGUGAACCUACCCUUUCUGGUGGCCUGGCUGCUGUUCCACUUCUCCCAGACUACUGGACAUCUGUAUGGAGCACUAUUCCUGACUGGACUAGCGGGGGGUCUAUUGGAAGCACCGGUGCUGACGUACGUGGCGGAGAUCACGCAGCCGCACUUGCGGGGUGCGCUGUCUGCCACCAGCUCUAUGUGCAUCAUCAUCGGAGUCUUCACACAGUUUCUGCUCGGCCUCUUCCUAUAUUGGCGGACGGUCGCGCUUGUGAAUAUCUCUUUCACGGUAUUGUCGGUCAUUUCGCUGUGUUUCAUUCCUGAAUCACCGCAUUGGUUAGUGUCCAGGAAGAGAUUCGAUGAAGCCAAAAUGAGUUUAGAGUGGCUUCGCGGGUGGAAGCAAUCCGGCGCUGUAGAUAAAGAAUUGACAGAUAUAAAAGCAUUGUAUCAGAAUACAAAUGGUGGAAAAGAGAAAGCUGAAAUCGUGGUUGACGAGAAGUGGUGGGCGAAAUUGUCUUGUUACUUGGAGAAGAGCUUCCUCCGGCCAUUCUUCCUAGUUUCCUACAGUUUCUUCGUGGGUCAUUUCAGUGGCAUGACUACGCUACAGACGUAUGCGGUGUCAAUCUUCCAGAUGUUAGAGGCUCCCAUUGACAAGUACUACGCGACCUUGAUCCUGGGCCUGCUGCAGAUCCUGGGCUCGGCCACGUGCGUGCUGCUCGUCCACUACACCGGCAAGAGACCCCUCACCUUUUUCUCCACUGCUGGAGCAGGCGUGUGCUGCCUCUUAGUCGCCUCCUAUGACGCCUACAUCAGAAAUUAUGCCGUAACUCAAGACCUGCCGGCUGUGAAUGUAUCAAAUAAUAUUCAAGCGGCUUCAGACUAUAACAUGCCACAGCACAAUCCACAUGCGUGGAUACCAACAACUCUGCUGAUGCUGUUGGCUCUGCUCACUCACACUGGAAUAAGAUUAUUGCCAUGGAUACUUAUUGGUGAAGUGUUCAGUGCACGGACGCGGUCGGGCGGCGCGGGGCUGGCUGGCGCCGUCGGUUACAUCUUCGGGUUCCUCACCAACAAGAUGUACAUCAGCAUGGUUGACAGCCUGCACAUAGUCGGCACUUACGGCUUUUACAGUGCCAUUUGUUUCUCAGGGUGUGUCGUUUUUUACUUUAUACUGCCUGAGACCGAGGGCAAGAAACUAAAUGAUAUUGAAAACCACUUCGCCGGUUUGAAGAGGCUAACCAAUGAAGUAUACCGGUCUCAAAGGAGACCAGCUCUAGAAAUGGCCAAAAUGCGAGAAAUUAAAGGCAACGUGAAUCUCUCGUUUGAAGGAGAUAGUUCUAAACUAUAACGAGUUUUACGAAGUGGAAUGUUAUAAAAUAAUCAAAUUAAAUGUACAAUUCGUUAUUAUCAUAACUGUUUAGAUAGGUACCUAUACCUAGUUUUAUACAAUUCUAUGUAAUGAUAAUUCACUAAGGAGCCGGUCUCUGCAAUAGAAUAAACACAAGGAUAUUGUGACAAGAAGGCUGGAGGCUGAAAAGACCACUGAAUAACAGGCGAUGAUUCAAUUGUUUUGUACUCAUUUGUUUUUAUUAUUAAGUAAUGUUUUUAGACUCGUAAAAUAGACUCUAUAAUCCCACAGGUGUUUAGUUAUAAAGACUUUGCGCAAUGUAAAUUAGGUUAAAAUCUACAUUUUUCAUAAUACAUACUAAUCGGCAUCGCAAUAACAAAAGUCUGUGUAGUCAACUAAAGUGGUUGAACCACAAGAAUCUGAAGCUACUUAUGAUAAUAAUUGUAUGUGUGUAGGUACUGUACAGUGAAAUAAUUUUAUAAUUGUUAAGUAAUAAGUAACACAUUAUAUAAGUGUAUGUAAAUAAAUAAAUACUUACCUAAGUACAAAAAUAUGAAGUUUUA